CUAAAUUUAGGGGUGGACAGAGAGAGAGAGAGAGAGAGAGCAGACAAUGGUGAUUGUCCCCACAGAAAUCCAGAUCAGUGUGAUUGGUGAGUCUCUCUCCUCCGCUAUCUAAAUCCUUAUCCAGGCGAUCCUGACACCGUCCGCUCCUCCCCUCUCUCUGCCUUUUAUCUCGCCCUAAGUUUGGCGCCACAAUUGGCGGACCCUUCGGUGCUUAGAGUAUUAUCUUUUGGGCCGUCGGUUUCCUUUAUCUUUUCUCUUCCCCCUUCUCCUUCGUCCCUUUGCUUCUUCUUCUUCUCUGUUGGUGGGGUUCUGUUCUAUGGCUGCGCUCUUGGAGAUGAUGGUAGGUGGGGGGUUGUUCGGAGGGCUCUUCUCCUUCUUGGUGCCUUUGUGGGCAUCGGCGGUUUUACUGGGGCUGUUGGUGGGGUGGGCUUGGAAGCCUAAAUGGGCGGAUAUGGUGGUCGCCGGUGGCGGAGGGCCAAGCUUGGGGGAGGCUGUUGAGAAGCAUUUGGGGAUUGGUUUCAACUCGUUGCCGAGCUUGGAUUCCUUGAAGACACUGUCCCAGAGUUGUAUUUCGUGGGUGUCGGAGGAGCGGUCGGAAAAAGGAGAAGGGGAGGCGGUCGCUUGCAGUCCCACACCUAUGGAGAGAGACCAAUCCGUCGUAAAUAUUGACGAUUUCCAGUAUCUGCGGCGGCUCGUCGAGAUGACGGAUGGAGGUCCUGUCUGGCACCAGAUGAUGGACCGGACGCUGCCAACCAUGAGCUAUCAGGCAUGGAGGAGGGACCCUGAGACCGGACCCCCUCAAUAUCGUAGUAGGACAGUUUAUGAAGAUGCUGCGCCGGAGCUUGUGAGGGAUUUCUUUUGGGACGAUGAGUUUAGAGGUAAAUGGGAUGAUAUGCUCCUUCAUGCUGCUACAUUAGAGGAGUGCCGCAGCUCGGGAACCAUGAUCGUUCACUGGAUUAGGAAGUUCCCCUUUUUUUGUAGUGACCGAGAAUAUACUAUAGGGCGCAGAAUAUGGAAAUCUGGAGGUUCCUACUACUGUGUGACGAAGGGCAUCGCAUACCCCUCCCUGCCAAGGCACAACAAGCCAAGACGUGUUGAUUUAUACUAUUCAAGUUGGUGUAUACGAGCAGUGGAAUCAAGGCGAGGGGAUGGACAAUUGACUUCAUGUGAGGUGCUUUUGUUUCAUUAUGAAGACAUGGGUAUCCCAUGGGAAAUUGCGAAACUCGGUGUCCGUCAGGGAAUGUGGGGCUGUGUCAAGAAGAUUGAACCAGGUUUUCGUGCUUAUCAGGCUGCAAGACAAGCAGGAGGACCACUGUCACGAUCUGCAGAAAUGGCACAAAUUAACACAAAAGUUGAUGAAGAUUACUUGAGGUCUAUGGAAUUGAUCGAUCCAUCAGAAUCAGAUGUGGCAACCGUGAAAAAACCAUGGAGAGAAAACAUACCCAAAUUUUUAAUAGUGGGUGGUGCUGUGGCUCUUGCGUGCAGCCUUGACAGAGGACUUCUGACAAAAGCAGUAAUCUUCGGGGUGGCUAGAAGGUUUGCUAAGCUUGGACGGACUGUAAAUCAGAGAGCAACACCGUAAUGUGAUCUGUACAAGGGUUAUCUUGCAUAAAUAUGUUUACAGAUCACAAGAGGGAAAAAACGAGAUCUAUAUGGGAGUUGUUGGAUGCAUUCCUGCUUCAGGAGAGAAGAAGGAUACGUGAGAAGCAUACUGCUCCGCUUUUUGCUGUAACUGUUAACUCGAAGAAGCUUCGGUGCUACUAUGUCUGAAGCCAAUGUCGGGCUUGUCUAUUGUAAUCGAUAAUUUUCAUUCAACGUUUUUUUUUUUUUUUUUUUGGCUCAGGAUUUGUGGCAAUGAGCUACAAGCAGAAAAGGCCGUGUACUAUGGAGCUUCGAACUUCAUGGUCAGAAAGUCUAUUAGUGAUAAUCUUAAUAUGCAAAUUGUUUGUUGGAAGGA